GUCUGUUGUAACGACAUGGUUAUUGAGAAAGUUGAUGAAGAUGACGAUUGUUGUUGUGGAAACACUUCAAUGAACUCCGAAACACACAUUUGUUGCUUAGGGAAAAAAAAUAAGAAAUUCUUCGAACCAACAUCAUGUUGCGGAGAUACGAGUUAUGGUAUGGACAAUUAUUUAUGCUGCGAUGAUAAAGUACGGGAGAAAGUUUCUCGGAAAGACGAUUGCUGUUGUGGGAAGACUACAAUGAAUACUGCCACGCAGGUGUGUUGCCAAGGCAAUCCUCAAUCUAUGGACAGUUCAAGUUGGAUGUGCUGCGGAAAGAUGAGUUUUAAUCCUCAAACGCAUCUUUGCUGCAACAAUAAAAUUGUCAAGAAAAGUAAACAAGGUGACAAUUGGUGCUGCGGAGAUGAAGCGUUUGAUUCCAAUGACCAAGUUUGUUGUGAUGUGACGGUUCAAUCAGCUUUCGGUACUCCAGAAGAAACAAGAUGUUGCGGGAAGAAAAGCUAUCAUUUUAACACCCAUUUGUGUUGUGAUAACAUGUUACUGGAAAAGAUAAAAGAUACAGAUAACUGGUGUUGCGGUAAUGUGACAUAUAACACUCGUACACACGUUUGCUGUCAAGGUAGAUUUAAACAGCCAAAAUACGGACAAAACACCCAGUGUUGCGGAGCUACUAGUUAUGAUGAAACAAAACAAAUUUGUUGCAACAGAAGGAUUUUUGACAAGAAAAAUGAAAAUGACAAUUGCUGCUGUGGAGAUACUUCUAUCAAUACAAAUGUAGAAAUGUGUUGCAUGAAUUUACGUCGACCUAAAUUCGAUGGACAGUACACAGACUGCUGUGGCAACAGGACAUACAGUAUCAGAAAUCAGAUGUGUUGUGAGGAUCAACAAGUUAGAGACAAGAGAAGUAACAACGAUGAUUGUUGUUGUGUAGAUACAACCAUGAAUUCGAAAGAAGAAAUAUGUUGUCAAGCUGGUCCAGAACCGUUGGUUGGUGGACCCAGAAAAACAGAUUGUUGCAAAAGCCGCUCAUAUGAUAUGACAAGCCAGUUAUGUUGCGACGGAGAAAUUGUUGAAAAACGUAGGGACAAUGAUAACUGGUGUUGUGCUGGUGUUUCUAUAAACACCGAUGAUGACAUUUGCUGCAAUGGCAGUCCUGAACCAGCUGUUGCCAACAGCAAUACGAGAUGUUGUAAAACAAAAAGCUACGAUCCAGAUGAACAUAUUUGCUGCAAUGGAACUACUCUGGUGAAGAAAAAUACACCAGAUGAUAAUGCUUGUUGCGGAGAGGAAGCUAUGGAUACGACUACUCAGAUAUGUUGUUCAAACAAGCCGGGUGACCGAGCAGGUGGUGACUAUGCUAAAUGUUGUCACGAUAAAAGCUAUGAUUCUAGCAAGUAUAUGUGUUGUGAUAAACCAAAUGGAAAAUGGAAAGUCGUGGAAAAGAGGAGUCGGCGUGACGAUAGCUGCUGUGGCAAUACUACUAUCGACACUGAUCGAGAGUUGUGCUGUGAUGGGAACCCGGAAAUUGGAGGUAAAGGGGUGCAAUGCUGUCACGGUGUUGGUUACAACAGUAAGAACUUCAUAUGUUGUGAAGGAAAUGUCGUAGAGAAGACAUCAGGAGAAGACGAUUGUUGCUGUGGUCCUGUUGCCAUGAACGGUAAUAAAGACAUAUGCUGUAUGGGAAACAAACAGCUACGUACAGGUGGAAAGGAUACUAUGUGCUGUUUAGAUAUUUCUUAUGACCCUAGCUCACAGCUAUGUUGCGACGGAAAACAAGUUAUUGAAAAAGAGAACCCCGAUGACAAUUGUUGCUGUGGUGGACGCUCAAUGAAUGCAAGACUAGACAUUUGCUGUUCCAACACCCCACAAGCUGCUCCUGAUAAGGAUAAAUACAAAUGUUGUAUGAACAUCAGUUAUAAUACAGACACGCAUGUAUGCUGUGAUAGAAGAGUACGAAAGAAGACGACUAAUAAUGACGAUUGGUGUUGUGGCGAUGAUACAUACAACACCAGGCAGCACGUUUGUUGUCAAGGACAGUUCAGGCAACCGAAGAGAACGCAAGACCCAGAAGACACUAGAUGUUGCAGAAACGAAAGCUACAACCCAACAAACCAGCUGUGUUGCUAUGGCAAAGUUGUUACCAAAAAUAAUACAGACGACAGUAGGUGCUGUGGGGAAAGCACUAUGGCCAGUAACGAUAUGUGUUGCAAUGGGAUUCCACAGAGAGGUGGUAGAGCGUACGCCUGUUGUGAAAGUGAAAGUUAUAACAUGAAAACACACAUGUGUUGCAGCGGCAAUAUCAGGAAAAAGAAAGAUCCAAAGGACGACGGAUGUUGUGGUGAUGAUUCAACCGUUGAUAGCACUAUGGAACUGUGUUGCAAAGGUGUGCCCAGAGAAGUAAAUCCUGAUACUGGCGACUGUUGCGGUUCUAAAGGUUAUGAUAAAACGAAAUCAAUUUGCUGCUAUAAUUCUCAAGUACUCGACAAGGAAGAUACCGAUGAUGAUGUUUGUUGUGGAAAUAACACAUUUAAUCAGAGGAAACACGUUUGUUGCAAUGAUGUUAGGCAAAAUAAGGUAGCAGGAGAUCAAACGCUAUGUUGCAAAACCAACAGCUAUGACCCGGCUACGCAUGUAUGCUGCGAUGGAAAUAAACUUCGGCAAAAAGGAAAUCCGAACGAUGAUUGGUGUUGUGGUGACAAAACUUAUAAUACUGAUACAGAAAUAUGCUGCAACGGUGUUCCAAAUGAGAAAUAUGGUGAAAAGACAUUUUGCUGUCGAGAAGUCAGUUACAACCAAAACACCGAGGUGUGUUGCAACGGUCAAGUCGUUACGAAAAAGGCUGAUCAAGAUGACGGUUGCUGUGGAAACACAACACUUGACGCCCAGAAUGAAAUAUGUUGCGAUGGCUACCCGCAGACUGGAAAUGUCUUACAGUAUGCUUGUUGCGGACAAAAAAGCUACAAUAAAGACACAUCUCUCUGCUGUGAAUUUGAUAAAAUUGUUACGAAACGACAUGAAAACGACGACUGUUGUUGUGGAAACGUGGGUAUGAAUCGGAAUGAAGAAAUCUGCUGCUCGGGAAAGGUUGCGCAACGAACCGCGGGCAAAACAACUCGAUGUUGUGAUAAAAUACCAUAUAAUCCCGUGAAAGAAAUGUGCUGUGAUGAAAUGGUGACACAAAAGACUAACGAUAAUGACAAUUUAUGCUGUGGUAAUACAACGUUUAAUACUAAUAAUCAAGUUUGCUGUCAUCAAAACCCACAACCAAAGAGUGGUGGCAAAGUUACUCAGUGUUGCGAUGUUCAUAGUUUCGAUCCUGCAUCAGCCUUGUGUUGUGACAAAGGUGUUGUUGAAAAAAGAAACCCAGAAGAUACCUGUUGUUGUGGAAAAUUCAAAACAUUCGAUCCAAGAACAGAAAUUUGCUGUGCUGGAAUCCAACCAAGAAGUCGUAAAGGAGACAACAGUAAGUGUUGUGGUACUGAAAGUUAUGAUGCUGAUUUAUACCUCUGCUGCAACGAAGAAAUUGUCAAGAAGGAGAACGAGAGAGAUGAGUCCUGUUGUGGUAAAAUUCCAUUUGAUGCCUCUAAGGAAAUCUGUUGUAAAGGUGAGGUUAAAAAGAGAGUCGGGGGUAUAUUUACGGAUUGUUGUGGUACGAACAGCUACAACAUAAUCGAUGAAAUGUGUUGUAAUGGUGAAGCAACUACGAAAACUAACUCCGAUGAUGAUACCUGCUGUGGAACCGAAACCAUGGAUGCACAGAAGCAAAUAUGUUGUGAGGGUAACGCUCAGCCAAAGUUUGGUAGGUUUGAAAAAUGUUGUGGAAAGAUAAGCUAUGAUAAAAGAAAAGCUGUUUGUUGCAAUGGUAAAGUUGUAGAUAAACAGCAUGACGACGACAAUGGAUGUUGUGGUGACACUACUUUCAAUUAUGCUACUGAGGUAUGUUGCAUGGGUACACCUAAUCCGCUGUAUGGGCCAUUGACACUUUGCUGUCUCAAUAAAAGCUACGAUUCAGAAACAUCUGCCUGCUGUGAUGGAACUGAUAUUGUCGAAAAAGAUGAUAAGACUGAUAAUUGGUGUUGUGGUGGAAAAACAAUGAAUACGCGUAACCAUAUAUGUUGUGAAGAUGUAAAGCAACCUAAACGAGGUAGGAACACGCAAUGUUGUCACAAAGUUAGCUACAAUCCAAGCGAGUCUUUAUGUUGUGGUAAAGAUGUCGUUCCUAAACACAGCGAAGAUGCGGAUGUUUGCUGCGGAAACACUACAGUCGACGUGAGUCAUGAAGUUUGUUGUGAUGGAGUACCAAAUCCACGUACUGAUGAAAAGUACACUUCUUGUUGUGGAAGCAAAAGUUACUCUAUAAGAACACAGCUGUGCUGUACACAGGGAAAAAUUGUUAGAAUGAAGAGUAAACCUGGAGACAAAGAAUGUUGUGGUGCAAAGGAUACAUUUAACCCAAGCAAAGAAAUAUGUUGUGAUGGUACCGUGUUUGAUGUUGCUGGUAUUCAAAAUGCUGGAUGUUGCAAGGGAGAAGGUUUUAACAUAGACACCCACAUGUGUUGUGUUGAUACAGUCGUCGAAAAGGGAAGUGACGAUAACGACUGGUGUUGUGGAAAAACACCAUACAAUACGAAGACCCAAAUGUGCUGCAAUGGUAGAAUUGAUUCUAAAGAAGGAGGUGAUAGAGCUCGAUGUUGCCUAGAUAAAAGCUACGAUUCACAAACGCACUUAUGUUGUAAUGAUGUUGUUACAAAAAAGAAGGGUAAUUCCGAUAAUAUGUGUUGUAACAAUAAAACGUAUGAUACUCAAACAGAAGUAUGUUGUUUAGGAAUUAAUCCGCAACCUAAAAGAGGCGGAAAGCGAACCCAGUGUUGCUUAGAAGAAAGUUUUAAUCCAGUAUCUCAAAUUUGUUGUAAUAAAAAGGUGGUAGAUAAAUCUGACGAAACUGAUGACUGUUGUUGUGGUGGUAAAUCUAUGAAUUCACAAUCCGAUAUCUGCUGCCUAGGUAAUAAACAGGAAAGAGUGAAUGGUGAAUUCACAUCAUGUUGUGAAGACAAAAGUUACGACUCUCGUUCUCAAGUAUGUUGUGAAGGGCAGAUUAGGGACAAAGCUCACGAUAAUGAUGAUGCCUGCUGUGGCAGUACUUCCACUGUCGAUUCUAGAACUGAAAUUUGCUGUGAUGGUGUUGUGCAAAAACUUGUGGGCGAUGAAUAUACAGAUUGUUGUGAGGAGAAAGCAUUUGAUACAAGGUCGCAGAUGUGUUGUAACAAAAAGGUCACAGAUAAGAGAGACAACGGAGACCACUGUUGCUGUGGAGAUACUACUAUCAACUUAAAUAAAGAAGUAUGCUGUCAUGGAAUACCAAGAGUAGCUAAAGGUGAAAAAUUUGCAAGAUGUUGCUCCGAUAAAAGCUAUGAUUCGAAAACAGAAAUUUGCUGUGAUUCUAGAGAUGUUCGCAAAAAAGUUCACUUAAAUGAUAAUUGGUGUUGUGGCAAUUCAACAUUCAACACAAAGUCGGAACUUUGUUGUAAUGAUGUAACAAGAGACAAAGUUGGUGGCCGGGCGACCAAAUGUUGUGGGACUGAAAGUUAUCAUUCUGAAACACAUGCUUGUUGUGAGAUGGAAAUUGUCAAAAAACGGAACGCCAACGAUAACAUAUGUUGCGGGAAAAGAACAAUUAACAUAAAAGAUGAAGUAUGUUGCGAAGGAGAUCCACAACCCAAAUAUAAUGGUCCAACCAUUUGUUGCAGGAAUAUGAGCUUCAAUGUCAAUACUCAUUUAUGUUGUUUUGGUGUUGUGGUAGAAAAGAUGCACAAGAAUGAUGAUGGCUGUUGUGGAAGUAGCACAUUUGAUGGAAGGACUGAAAUAUGCUGCAUGGGUGUACCUCAACCACUAAAGGCAAAAGACAGAACGCGAUGUUGCAAGAAGACAAGUUAUGAUUCAGAAAAGUACAUGUGCUGUGAAGACACUGUUGUGGAAAAACAAGGACGAAAAGAAGACUGGUGUUGUGGUAAGACUCCAUACAACACUCGUUCAGAGUACUGCUGUCAUGGUUCAGUUGUUCAGCCAUACUACGGAGAAAAUACUCAUUGCUGUGGAGAUAUUUCCUACGAUGCUGAUUCACUUAUAUGCUGUGACAGUGGUCUUCACAACAAAACGAAAGAGUCAGAUGACUGGUGUUGUGGUGAUACACCAUACAAUACAAAAACAGAAGUAUGCUGUCAAGGUUUGUAUCCAAGAGAGGCUGUAGCCGGAUCCGCAACACGAUGUUGCUUACGCGAGAGUUACAAUCCUCGCAAAGAAAUGUGUUGUGAGGAAGGAAAAGUUCCAAAAGAAUCUUCUUUAGACGACGGCUGUUGUGGUAAAAAAACGAUGAAUGUUCUAACUGAUAUUUGUUGUAGCGGACGUAAAUAUCCUAGAGUAGGCUCAUCAACAGAUUGCUGUGGAAAUGUGGCUUAUGACACAAAGAAUGAGGUUUGUUGUGGGGAUGAAAGAGGCGUUUUACAAAAGUCUAAGCCGAAGGAUGAUUGCUGUUGCGGUAAUGAGACAUACGAUGAAGCACGCGAAAUCUGUUGUGAUGAACGUGUCAGACCUAAAUACGGAGAAACAACGAACUGUUGUGGAAAGAUGAGUUACAAUACAGAUACACAUAUAUGCUGCGGAAACGAUGUUGUCGAAAAGGAAAGACCAAAUGACAAUUGUUGUUGUGGCAAUACAACUAUGCAAUCGGAUCUACAUCAGUGCUGUGAUGACGUACCAGGUGUUGGAGACAAAUGUUGUGGCAAGAAAGCAUAUGAUUCUGAUGAGAAAGUAUGUUGUGAUACCGGUGAUCUUAGAAAGAAAUCGAAACCUAGUGAUAACCACUGCUGUGGAAGUAGUGAAACAUUCAAUACUAAAUCACAGAUGUGUUGUAUGGGGAAUGCAGUAACCAUGACAAGUGAAUAUUUCAUGUGUUGUGGAACAAAAGGAUACGACGAUCGGGAAUAUGUUUGUUGCAAUGAUAAAGUUAUAAAAAAGAACAGGCGUUCUGAUGAUUCUUGCUGUGGUGUUGUACCAAUAACAUCUGCCGAUCAAAUCUGUUGUCUUAAGAAACCCCAACCAGGUGGGCGUUUUGUAACAUGCUGUGGUGACAAAAGCUAUAAUAAGAAAAAUGAAUUGUGUUGCAAUGGAAGUGUGAUAACCAAGGGAAACAGCAAUGACGAUUACUGCUGUGGAGAAACAACUUUUAAUAUCAGGAACCAAUUAUGUUGCGAUGGUUUUGUUCAGGAAAGGUCGUCAAAAGCUGAUAGAUGUUGUAAACGUAAAGGUUACAACCCCGAAACGCAUAUGUGUUGCGCUGGUAAAAUAGUCCUAAAGUCGGAUACAGGUGAUAACUGUUGCUGCGGUGAACAAACAAUGGACACAAAUAAGCAGAUUUGCUGUAAUGGUAUGAACCCGCAGAUUCGUGUUGCUGGUAAAUUGACGAAAUGUUGUCGUGAGAAGAGUUACAAUCCGGAAACAGAUUUGUGCUGUGAUGACUUUGGUAUUGUCGCUAAAAGCGCACCAGAAGAUAAUUGGUGUUGUGGCCCAUUACCUUUUAACACACAAACACAGAUGUGUUGUCAAGGAAAUUUUGUGCAAGAAGGGGGCAGUAAGAGUCAAUGUUGCGGUGCAAGGAGUUACAAUCCAAAAACGGCGGUAUGUUGUGAUAUGGAUUUAUACCCAAAACGACGUAAUAAGGAUGAUGGUUGCUGUGGAAACUCAACAAUCGAUGCUGAAUCCGAGAUAUGUUGCAAUGGGAAACCUCGAGAUCUCAUCGGAGGAGAACAGUUCACGUCUUGUUGCUUUGAAAAGAGCUUUAAUACUAAAACGCAACUUUGUUGCGGAAACUCUGUUUUCGACAAGCGAUCAGAUCGCGAUGAUGGCUGUUGUGGUAACAAGACGUUUGAUACAAAAAGAGAAGUGUGUUGUAAUGGUAACCCACAACAGAGAGAAAAGAAUGCAGAUAUGGAAUGUUGUGGUGACCUAGCUUAUGAUGCAAACCUUGAACUAUGCUGUGACAACACGGUAAAAGCAAAAAAUCAACCAUACGAUAAUUGUUGCUGUGGUAAUAAAACAAUGAACACGGUAAAUGAAAUUUGCUGUAAUGGUGUACCACAAGGAAAGAAAGGAGAUACAACUCUUUGCUGUGGUACAAAGAGUUACAAUCCAAAAGAUAAUGUUUGUUGUGACGGCAUGUAUUUGUUAAAUAAAUCUAACGAAAAAGACAAUUGCUGCUGUGGUAAUGAGACAACAUAUAAUACAGAAAGUAAAAUGUGUUGUAGUGGACGAGUACAACCAAGAACCGGAGGGAAAUUCUCGGCGUGUUGUCGAAAACAGAGUUACAACACGAAAAAAGAAAUGUGUUGUCAAGGUGAGGUCAAAGAGAAAAUGAAAGAAAAUGAUGACUGCUGUUGUGGUAGAACCACGUAUAACACACGUAAUCAAGUAUGUUGCGAUGGUAUUCCAAGAAAUGUUACAGGUAAUAUUGCAUUCGGUUCUUGCUGUGGCAAUAAGGGUAUGAAUAUGAAAUCACAACUGUGUUGCGAUGGCCAAGUGAUUGAUAAAGUUCAUAUGAACGACGACUGUUGCUGUGGAAAUACAACAUUUGAUGAAAGAACAGAAGUAUGCUGUGAUGGGGUUACUAAUUUGCGAAUGGCUGGAGGUGAUACGCGUUGUUGUUAUGCAAAGAGCUACAAUCCUGAAACACAUUUAUGUUGUGGCAAAAAAGUGAGUAAGAAAACCAAACAAGGUGACAAUUGGUGCUGCGGAGAAGAAUCAUUUAAUACUAAAACUGAGCUGUGUUGCCAUGAUGUCCCGCAGCCUAAAUUAGACGGAAGGUCUAGAUGUUGUGGCGAAGUUAGUUACAAUCCGAACACACAUAUCUGCUGCGAUUCACAUCUGUUACAUCCCAAGAACAACAUCAACGACAAUGCGUGCUGUGGGGACGAGUCAUACAAUACAAGAACACAGUUGUGCUGCGAAGGAAAUCCUCAAGAUAAGUAUGGUGCUGACACUGGUUGUUGUAAAAAGAAGAGCUAUGAUAUGACAACACAAAUAUGUUGUGACAGUGUUGUUGUAAAUAAGUCGAGAAAUAGCGAUCAUCAGUGCUGUGGAGGUAAGUCGUUUAACCCUGACACAGACCUGUGUUGUCUAAAUAAAGUUGUCCGAAAGCCGAGUGGUGAUGCGGAAUGCUGUGGUAAUGUCGCUUAUGACCCAGCUUCACAAUUAUGUUGCGAAAAGGGAAAUAUUGCCACAAAGAUGCAUGAGUCAGAUUACAGUUGUUGUGGAAAUGAAACUUUCAAUGCCAAAAAAGAAAUAUGUUGCAAUGGAAACUCGAACAGAAUUGUGAGCGAAAAUCCUAAAGACACGCGUUGUUGUGGAAGAAAAAGUUAUGAUAUAAAUGAAGGAAUCUGCUGCAAUGGUAAAGUGUAUGAUAUGGUUGGAGGUUUCGCAAACACUGACUGUUGUGGCGAUGUACCAUACAACAUUCAAACUGAAGUGUGCUGUGCAGAAACAGUGAGGGUGAAGACAAACAAUAAAGAUAUGUUGUGUUGCGGAAAUGACACCUACAAUCCUGAUACACACGUUUGUUGUACCCAUAGAAACAAAGAGGUCGCACAGCCAAAGAAGGGAAAGAAAGUGACAAGAUGUUGUAAUGGGGAAAGCUAUGAUGCCGAAACUGAAAUGUGCUGCGAUGGUGUAGUACAACAUGCAUGGGUUGGUGCCAAGACACGUUGCUGUGGGACACGAAGCUAUAAUCCUGUCAGAGGGUUGUGCUGUAAUGGGCAAAUGAUUGAGAAGACGACCCAGUUUGAUGACUGCUGUUGUUGCAAUAGAACUAUGGAUAGUUCUCGACAAAUUUGUUGUGGGUGUAAUGUCCUAAAGAAUGUCGGUGGCUAUCAUACGGAAUGUUGUCAUGAUGUUUGUUUUGACCCGUGGCUAAGUUUAUGCUGUAAAGGUAUAAUAAAACCGAAGACAUAUGGGAAAGACUCUUACUGUUGUGGAAAACAAGUUUAUUCUCCGAAACUUGGCGUCUGUUGCGGAGAGUAUGUGUUGUGGAAAGUACCUGUAAACCAGCCGUGGAAAUAAAGAUUGGCUAAACAGAUCAGGACUAUGAAUACGUCAUGUAGGAGCCUGUAUUUGAUGUCUGUUACGUCACCAAAGAAACAUUCAAACUCUCAACGAUAAUUGAGUGAUGUAACUUUAUAAUGGACACAUCUAUUUAAUUCCCUUAUUUAUGAUAUUAUUAGUAUAGCAUGCAUAAACUGUGAAUUUUUAAAAUGUUGUAAUGACGUCACGUAACAUAAUUGAAGGAACCAAAAGAAGGUGUUUUCAUAUUUUAUUUGCUACUUCAUUUAUAAGACGUAUUAGAAUGGAAGCCAUAAGCGUAUUUUGAUUAAUUGAAACACUUCGAAUCGGUUAUACGUCCUAUGAAAUAAUUCAUUCGGACUUUGUCCAUCUUUGGCGUAUAACCCCCUAGUCUUGUUUAUAUUUGAUAAAUCACACUUCUGUUAUAUAUCAUUUUAGAAAUAAAUGAUAAUGUAGACUUCCUUUCUCAUACGUUUUAGUUUCUCAAAUUGGGCGACCUAUGGAGCCACUCACAAAUCGCGGGAUUGAAGAAAACUGUCUUUACUUGUAUCUAUAUAUAUAUAGUAUUUCAUGGUCGUUUUCAUUAAGCAAUAUGUAUACAUUGUAAAUAUGGCAAACAGGAAAAUAUGGAACUCAUCAUUGCAUAUUGUCAAUAUAUUUUUGUAAAUAGAAAUAUGCGGUAUAAGGUAAUACAAGGGAUCAAACAUUAUGUUUAAAGGGAUUAAAAGGAAGUGCUAUAUUUUUAAUUUAAAUCAUUCACAUACAUUAAUGUUUACCUUAACAGAUGCGUUACAAUAACAUUCAUUAGUCCAUCAAACAGAAUGAAAAUAAACAUUUCCUAGUAGACCUAUAUCAAAUAUUCAAUUUUUAUUUUACAAGAUACCAAGGAUUAAGCAUAAGCAUACAUUGAGAUCCUUUGUCUUAGAAACAGCAACUAAAACUUCAUACUCAUCAUCUUUGAAUCCUAAUUGUAUGAUGUUUGCACGAUGUUUGCGUUAUUUAAGCUGCCUUUACAGGAUGGCAAAGACUUUUGCAAUAUUUGCGUAUGUACACAAUAAUUGAAACACACCUGUAUAUCAGUAUAUCGCAUGUAAAUUACAUACUGCAUUUACUAGCUUUGUUCUUGUCUUUUAAUUUUUUUUCUCAUAAAUACAAAUAAGCAUUUUAUUAACAGAAAAGAACAUAAAUACAUUCAACCAUUACAAGAUUCGUGUACAUCCUUUUCUUCAUGAUGUUUCCUAUGUUGCUAUAUAUUCAAAUAUGUUAAUACAAAAUUAUGCCAAUGGUUACGUUUUAUGUUCUUGGACAGAAACAGGGUGUGAAACUGAAUUUAUGCAACUGAACCCUAUCAUUAAUUCAGUAAUUCUUAAAUAUGACAAAGAUCGACUUACCUUGGUUUUGACUGUAUUUCAGAAUUAUUCAUAUAUAUUAUUCAUUAGUAUAAUGAAUGGUCGUUUCAUGUCAUUAGAUAUAAUUUCAUGUAUAAUAUUGUAUAUCAAAUUUUAUCCAAUCUGCCGCUUGUAUGUUGCAACACUGGUGAUGGAAAAUAAAGUAUUAAACAUAA